AUGGACGAGCAGCAGCUGAAGGCGCAGGAGCGCCAGGCCCUCGCCACCACUGCCGUACUCGGAACGCUGGCAACAACUCUGACGGUGGGCUUAGGCUGCUACCUCUUCCGCGGCAAAGAGGCGGACAUCUUCCCGGUCAACUACGGCGGCCGCGUGACGGACGACAAGGACGUGCGCCUCAUUAGCGCCUUCCUGAAACGCUACUUCAACGAAGGUGUGCUGCAAGAUGGGUACAAGCUCAGCCCGUUGAACGCUUACACCUGCCCUGACGAGGGCUCUUUGGAGGAGGUCCGGGAGCACGUGCGGAAGCUGCCGAUGGAUGAAGAUCCCCAGGUCUUCGGUCUUCACCCCAACGCCCAGAUCACCGCGCAGACGGAGGAAGCGCGGAAGUUUCUGGACAUCAUCCUCUCGGUGCAGCCGCGGAUCGCCUCGGCGGGCCAAGUGCGGCCCGAGCAGAUCAUCUCGGAGAUGGCCGAGGGCUUUUUGGAGCGGGUGCCCAAAGUCAUGAGUCGCAAGGAGGCCAGUCCCGAGACGUACAAAAAGACGGAAGAUGGCGGCAUCAUCUCGCUGGGUGUUUUUCAUGGUCAGGAGAUGGAUCGCUUCAACGCGCUCAUUGGCUGCGUGCAAUCCACUCUGAUCACCUUGGGCAAGGCCAUCCGGGGCUUAGUGGUGAUGUCUGCGCAGCUGGAGGAGAUGUACCAUGCCUUCCUCCUUCAGAAGCUCCCGCCGAACUGGGCAGAGGUGGCCUACCCCUGCCUGAAGCCGCUGAACUCGUGGUUCACCGACUUCGAGGAGCGCAUCGCCUUCAUGGGGCGUUGGCUCCGGGAGGGGCCUCCAGCCUCCUUCUGGGUGCCCUGCUUCUACUUCCCGCAGGGCUUCAUGACCUGCGCCAAGCAGGUGCACGCACGGAAGACCAAGAUCCCCAUCGACGCCUUGGUCUUUUGGCAAGAGCCCUCCAGCUGCACGGACGCCUUGGCAGCCACGCUGCCCGCGGAUGGCGUGAACGUGCACGGCUUCUUCCUGCAGGGUGCGGGCUGGGAUGUGAAGAAGGUCAAGAUGGUGGAGUCGGAGAAGGCGGAAUUGUUCAAGGAGGUGCCGGUCACAUGGAUCCAAGUGGUGGAGGAGGCUGCCUUCCACAAGGCCAAAGCGGAGCCUGGCAGGUACACCUGUCCGCUCUACAAGACCUCCCUGCGGAAGGGCACUCUCGCCACCACAGGCCACUCCACCAACUUUGUGUGCUACUUCCACUUGCCCAGCGAAGUGGAGGACUCCGUGGGGAUCAGGGCCACUGGGUGCGUCGUGGCGUGGCACUACUUUGCACCCUGGCGAUACGGCAGAGGUUGGCCGAGCAUGCCCAUAGCCGAUGAGAGCCCAGAUGUAUCUCCUGAAAACUCACAGCUGUUCCCAGCCGUACUCUACUUGAAGGAAAACAAGAGCGUCACGGUGCUGGUCGGUCCGCCAAUGUGCCAAUGGGAGCUGCUGGAUGGCCCAGCAGAUGGAGAAGAAGAGAAAUCUUGGAGGCUGACGAAAAUCAAGAUCCAGGACACCGUCUGCAGCCUCAAGAUCCAACUACAUGCGCCGCUUGCCCAGCUCAAAGGUUGCCACGUCCUUUACAAGAAAAGGCGCCUCAGGCUUCGGCAUGUCACGGCGCGCUUCGGUCCCUUGCAGCUCCUAGUGUCUGCAUUGGCUUGUUUGGCCACUGGCGGAGACAAAGAGCUCUGCCCGGUCACGUCGAGAUUCGGCCUGUCGCUGUCCUGUCCGGGAGCCUCAACCUUCGGCAUGUGGCCGUCCUGGUCCGGCCACCAGCGGGGGCAUCAGGUCUAUCAGCCCGCGGACUGUGGGCUCACAGAGGCCGCGGAGGAGGAGGCGCAAGAUGAAGAGGAGAUCACCUGGAUGCGCAAGGCAGCCACAGAGCCCCCGAGAGAGCCGUCCAACAUGAGGCGAAUGCUCGAAGGGGACACCGGCGAGGAGUCUGAGAGUUACAGCACCUCCAGCAGGAGCGGCCGAUACCUCGGGAGCUCCCGCACAGGCUCCGGUCACAGCAGCCCCCGCUCUCCUUCGGCGUCGGGCUCCUCGUGGUCUUCCAACUCCAGCGUGGCAGAGAAGGAGGGCGAGCUGUUACAGGCACGGCCGCCGCCCGGUAGACCUCCAGAGAACGUGCCGCGCAGACGCUAUGACAGCGUGCCGAAGCUGAAGGGCAGCGGCAAGGGCAAGGCGCCUCCUUUACCAGCAAAGGGGGCUGGCAAGGCGCCCAAGGCAGCGCCCAAGGCGCUACCCAUAGGUCGGCGCCUGUCCCUGAAGCCGAGCCCAGUGGCCGAAGCCUUCAAGACUCCUCGGUACGCCAACCCCAGGCCAGACCUGAGGCCAGUGCGUGCCCAAAUGGAAGCGGUUUGGGAGCAUUUCUUCAUGCUAUGGACCAUCCGAGCUGGCGUGACAUGCAGGAGCGAGUACGAGACUCGUACGGCGCUCCGGCUGGACAGCUGCCAGUUCAUGUGGACGGGCGUUAGCAUGCUGUCCAUGGCGAGAAGCCACCAGUGGAACUACGAGGCAUCAGAUCGUACAUCCCUGCUCCAGGAUGCAAUACUUCAGCAGGUGCCAAAAAGAUCCCGAUUUUCCAUUUCCGUCCUGCUGGGUAUCUUUUGCAGCUUUUCAGCUGCGCAGGUGGUUCAGGAUAACUUAAGCGACGUCCUCAAGGCAAGGACGCUGCGGGGCGCGGCAGAAGUGCUGGUGGCCAAGUCGGAGGCGCCAAGCGCGUUGUUCCCGAGCUUCAGCAUUUGGGGGCGGGUGAAGCAGCACAUUUUGCAGAAAAAGAACGUGGAGGAAGCCAAAGACUGGCUGCGCGAACAGAACUUCUUCGUUUCAGCGUAUGCUGGACAACUACCCCUGCGAGACCAGGCCGGAUGCACACGCAACAAGCGAGAUGUGCUGAAGGAGUUUCUGGCGAAGGGUCUGCAAAGUGUCGGCGCCCUGUGCGCCAAGAACAUCUUUCGCAUCUACACCCGUGCCCGCGUCCCCAAGGUGCUCCUCAAAGAGGACUCCCAGUGGUCCCUGACUGGGCCUGGGGCCCGCAAGUUCUUGAACCUGGCUGCGGGGCGAGAAGCUAGCUUGAACACGGACACGUGCUCCACAGCGGCUUUCGAGCUAUACAGCCGCGAGCUGCGCCUGGCCUGGCUGUCCUACCGGAGGGCGGGCACCCGAUUGAUCAAGCGCUAUGGGGCAGAGACACUGGAGGGUCUGGCGCUGGCGAAGCACCUGAGCGACAUGUCCACGACAGAUGCCUUUCAGUUUCAGUGCUGCGAGUCCAUCAAAGCACUGCAAACGUUCGAGCCUGCCAUCUUGCAGCUGGUGUUGGACGAGCCGCCGGAGGGCCUCUACAACCGCUGGGUGAAGGAGCGGCUGGAGUACUACCGCCGGGUGGAGCCCUCGGCCCCGUUGCGGGACGUCUCCAUCGUGGACCAGAAGGACUCCGAGGCCUCCAUCUCCCUCUCCUCGGACACCGACGAGAGCGUGGACACUCAGUCGGACAAGGAGGCUCCAGGAGGCCGCUGGGCCGACGGGCCGUGGAUAGAAAGCGGACACGCGCCGAAACUGCAGCAUUUCGCCCUGGGCCUGCGAGCGUGCGGGGCCUGCGCGGCGUGGCGAGAUGCCAUCGGCGUGUUGCAGAUGACGGGAACGGCGCGGCUGGCGCCGGACAACCAGCUAUUCCACGGCUUGGUGAUGGUGUCCAAACAAGCUGGGAAGUGGCAAGUCGCUGUUCAGCUGCUUGAAGACAUGCACAUCGCCCAGCAGACACCAGACGUGGUCAGCUACAAUGCGACCAUGAGUUCCUGUGAGAGAGGCUCGCAUUGGCACGCGGCCAUUGGACUUUUUGAGUCCAUGCAGGAAGCAGAGGUCACUCCAUCCAGGGUUAGCCACAACGCGAUCAUCAGCUGCUGUGAGAAAGGUGGCCAGUGGGUUCGCGCAUUGGACUUCUUCCAGCGCAUGUCGACGGCACGAAUAACUCCAGAUGUCGUCAGCUUCAAUGCGACCAUCAGCUCGUGUCGACUAGACGGGCAAUGGCCCACGGCCGUGUCCCUGCUGGGAGGAAUGCCUGGGCAGACGAUCUCGCCAGACGUGAUCAGCUACAAUGCUACAAUCAGCUCCUGCGACAGGAAAGGGAAUUGGCAGCUGGCGCUGGGCUUGUUUGAAGAUAUGAAAAGAGCCAGACUAUCUCCGGACCUGAUCACCUUUAAUGCGCUGCUGAGCUCCUGCGAGCGCGUGGGCCAGUGGCAGCGGUGCUUGAGACUGCUGGAGCUGCAGCGGAGCAGCCGCAUCGACCCGGAUGUGAUGAGCUACAGCGCGUGCGUGAGCGCGAGCGAGAAGGCUCAGCACUGGACCUUGGCUCUUCGUUUCUUCGAGGACCUUCAGCGAAACGUCCAGGCGGAUGUCAUCAGCUACUCCGCGGCGGUGGCG